GGCGUUGAAGCGCCGAGAGACACGACGGCUCUCCCCCGACUAAUGCGAGCGUAUUAGGGACUAGCCAGUGGGGACGGCUCUCCAAAGAGACCCAAACACUCACACACAGAGUCCUUUACGCACCGGCGGAGACAAUAGCGGAUUCCAACAUAUGUGCAUGUCGCUGUAACGCUGUCGCUGUUUGUAGCCUAUAGACGUAACCACUGCUACCCCACUGGUGGAAAAAUCAAACGCUGUACAUGGCGGUGGAGAGUACAAUUUGGCUGUUCUGUCUUCUUUUGCUGUUUUGUGGUCCAUCCAAGCAAGAAAAGCCUGUUUCGGUGGAGCUGAGCUGCGGGGCUGGGCCCAGCCAUGUAGUGUUGGAGCCGGGUUUGCCCCUGUUGCUGGACUGCAACCUCGGGGCCAGUGAAACACCUUUUAAUAUCACCUGGUUUCAGGAUGGCCAGCCUCUGCCUUUGGAGGGGAGUGACUUCCUGCAGUAUUUGGCCAACGGAUCCCUCAUACUGCUGUCAACCUCUAAGGGUGGCCAGCCUCCCCAGGGCAGAGGGGGCUACAGCUGUGUGAUUGCCAGCGCCCUGGGAGCCCUGACCAGCCGGACUGUAAAUGUUCUCCUAGCAAGUCUGUCUAAGUUCCAUCAGGAGCCGUCACCUCAAACGGUGCCUGCUGGGGGAGUGGCUCGCUUCGAUUGCCAGAUUGAGGGAGUACCUACACCUCUUAUUACCUGGGCAAAGGACACAGUGGCUGUCCCUGAGGAGACAAGGUUCAUUUCCCUUCUUAACGGGGUGCUCCAGAUUCUGGAGGUGACCACGGAGGAUGAGGGUUCCUACCGCUGUGUCGCCUCCAACUCUGCCGGGAGAGACAUCUCUCAUGAAGCCAGGCUCACUGUCACCACAGGCUCUACUGAAGCCCUGAAUGGAGUUGCCAUUGUUUCACCCCCUCAGAAUGCAACAGUCGUGCUCGGCCGUCCUGCUGUGAUGGAGUGUAUGGCACAAGGCCAGCCGAAGCCACUGGUGUCCUGGAGCAGACAAGACGGAAGGCCCAUUUCCACUGAUGUGGUUGUCCUUGCAACAAACCUGGUGAUUAGGGACACAAGGCGCCACCAUGCCGGCGUCUAUGUCUGCCGGGCCAACAAGCCCAAGACCAGAGAAUUUAUCAAUGCUGCUGCUGAGCUGCAUGUGUCUGCCCCUCCAGUGAUUCUCCAACCCCCGGAGACAGUGUCCCUCUCCCGAGGAAACACAGCCAGGUUUGUAUGCAACAGCUCUGGGGAACCUCCUCCAGUGUUGCACUGGCUUAAGGAUGGUCAGCCCAUCAAGUCAUUUAGACGAGUGAAGACCCAAAGCCCUGGAGUCCUGCUCAUCAACCAGCUGGCACUGGAGGAUGAGGGCUACUACCAGUGCAUAGCAGACAACGGUCUGGGCACGGCCUGUGCCACUGCCAAGCUGACGGUUAUUGUGAGGGAAGGUCUGCCCAGCCCUCCUCGCCACCUGUCUGCAACGCCCUCCAGCACAACUGCCCUGCUCACCUGGGAGAAACCUGAGUACAACGCGGACCAAAUCAUCGGUUACUCUGUGCACUGCCAACGAACGGCAGGCUCGGACAACGAGGAGUACCAGUUUGCGAUGAACAACGACACCACAGAAUAUCAUGUCAAAGAGCUUCUCCCCCAUACUGCUUACACAUUCUUUGUGGUGGCUUACUCUCCCAAGGGUGCCAGUCGGCCAUCCCUGCCUGUUACUGUAGAGCUGCUGGAGGAUGUACCAAGUGCACCUCCUCAGCUGUCUAUAGUCAGCACCUCCCCCACAGACAUCAGGCUGAUGUGGCAUCCAUUGUCCUCGCAGCACAGUCGAGGGGCUGUUACCCGCUACCGCAUUGAAUAUAGCACUCUGGAUCAGGUGGACACUGUGUUCUCUGUGGAAGUUGGGGGUAAUGAGACUCAGUUCACACUAAGAGAGCUGCAGCCCAACCAGGCGUACCGACUGAGGAUAGCAGCUGGGACAGGCAUUGGCUUUGGGGUUCCCUCUGAGUGGGCCCAGCACCAAACACAAGCCCGCUACAACAGAGACCACAGCAUGGUGAUCUUUGCCCCCACUGAGCUGAAAGUCAGAGCCAGAGUAAACACACUCAAUGUGACAUGGCAUCCCUCGCCGAACCACACGCUGGUUUCUGGUUACAAGCUGUCCUGUCGAGAGGUGGAGGCUGAUGAAUCAGACAACGGAGAAAAGACAACACAGACCCACACCAUCAGGCUCCGUAAGAAGGCCAGGUAUCAUCUCCUCACCGGGCUGGUCCCUGAUCGGCAGUACGAGGUGAGAGUUUGGGCAUUCAACAAGCAGAUAGAUGGAGCAGCUGCUGUGUGGAAGGGAAGGACAGACAAGACCCUUGACAGAGCGUCCACGUCGACAUCACCGCCCAUGCGCCCCCCUCCAUUGCCCCCAAGCAGCAUCCAAGCCAUGGCCAACAGCUCCACCUCGAUCUGGCUGCGCUGGGAGAAACCCCGGUUCAGCAACGUACGCAUCAUCAAUUACACAGUGCGCUGCAGCCCAGCGGGAACCACCAACGCCUCCCUGGUCUCCUACUACACCAGCUCUGCUCAGGAGAUACUGCUCGGGGCGUUGAGGCCCUUCACCCGCUAUAAGCUGGCGGUGCAGUCUAAUGGAGUGGACGUGGUGGGACCCUUCAGCGGCACAGUGGAGGAGUCUACCUUGUCUGACCGGCCCUCCACACCUCCUGAGGAGCUGCAGCUGAGUGCUCUGGACUCCUCAUCGGUGGUGGCGAGCUGGCGCCCUCCGCUGGAGCCUAAUGGUAUCAUCAUCAGCUACAGGAUCUUGUUCAGUGGCAACCUCAGCCAGCCUGAGCACUUGUGGGAAAACCUCUCUCAGGAUGGGAGCAUUACCAGUGUGGAGGUCCAGGGUUUGUCCAGUGGCACCCGUUACUUUUUUAAGCUAGGAGCAUCAACUGAGGUGGGGCCAGGGCCUUUUUCAUCUGUAAAGGAUGUUCACACCCCCCUUCGGAAAUAUGAGCUGGACAUUCAUGCAGUGACAGGCAUCAUAGCUGGUGUGUGCCUGGGACUGAUAUGCAUCCUCCUCUGCAUGUGUUUAAGCUUUCGUAAUGGCAAAUCAAGGGAGGUGUCUGGGGGCCUGGACUCCACAGCUGUGACCCCUCAGUAUAGGCGAGGAGGCUGCACGGUUUCCUCCAAUGUGCCAGAGUGCAGCGAUAGCCAUGAGCUGGAGACACUGAUGCCCCCUGGCAACCAAGAGUCUGGUCAGCUGUUAGAAGAGGCCCCUGAGGAGCAGAGCCUGAUGGCAAGUGCUAAUCCAGGGAAAGGGGAAGAUGCCCCUGCACCUGAACCCAAGGCUGCUUGGAAUGGCUCUGUGAGUCAUAACUGGGCCAACAGAAUCACUAGAUACAGAGACACCAUAACAGAAGACUCUCCAACACUCAUUAAUGGAGCUCUCAACAUGCUAAUUACUGAUAAUGGCACGGACAUAGGAGAUCAUCUGUGUACAUCCGUGUGCAGUAACCAGGUGGAGGCAGAAGUUAUUGUUCACUCAGAGCUGUCAGACCCAGGAAGGGAGAAAGAGGAGGAGGGCAGCGAAAGGGAGAAAGAUGCUAACACCAGGGGACCCUCGUUAUCAGAGGACAGACAUUCCCAUGUGGGUCAGCCAAGCCCACCAGGAGAAGAGAACAUUUACGAAAAACUAUCACUAGCCCAAAGCCCCACGAGUCUUCCCUUGAUAAAGUCGGUGGUUAAUCACAACGGGGAGCUACAAAGCACGGGAGAACAGCUGAGCGCAGACAUAGAGCCACAGAAGGACAUGGGGCUAACCAAUGGCUUCCACUCCCCAAAAUACGUGCGUUCUGUGCUGAAGUCAGAGCAUCUGGAGAACGGGGACUCCAGACACUGCCCUUCCGCACCAGGGAAGGCCAUCUCUGGUAGGAUGUCCUCUUCCCCGUUUGUCGGCUCCGGCCUUGUCCACUCUACCUCAGCGGCACACAGUUAUCUGUGCCCGUAGCCCCUGCAUGUAGGGCAGCAACCCUCACACAAACACACACACACAAACAUACAGACAUUGGACUGAUUUUCCUUCUUUUAGGUACCCAGGGAGAAUCCCUAUGGAUUAUUUUUAUGCACCUCAUUAUUGGAUUCCUUUCGCUUCCAUGCAAAGUUUUUAUAUGGUCCUUGAAUCCAUUUUUUCAUAGGUUGGUUUAUACAGUAUACAUAUACAGUAUAUUUUUAGUGGUACUUUUUAGUUGUUUCCCCCAUAAGUGAGAGUACUGUGUAUGGUGAUGCAUUCUCUAGCAAUGCAACCAUAUUUUCCUCUGUUUUUUUCCUGUCCUUGGAAAGAAAAGACAGAUUUAACUUAACCAAGCAGAUGGAAUUGGAUUGAAGGAGGCUAUUCCCACUGUGUCACAUGUGGCUUUGUUCAAUUAGAGAGCCUGGAAUGUUCUGUGAAUGAUUGAGACAGACUACCAUCAUGAAUGGGAGGAUCGGAAAACGCAGGCUCGCUGGGCUUCCCUUGGCUUAGCCGUUAGGAUGCUACUUUUAACGUGGCACUUAGGAGUAAGCCUUAAAGAAAAUCUGCACACUCUGAGAGUGCAGCCUGUGUCUCUCUGCAGCCUCCUGCUGUCUCAGGUUCCACACAUACACACACACUCACACACUUUGAAAUACACACGGAAAGCUUAAGUCACACAUACUCAGACGGUCACUCAUAAACACACAUUUACACACACAUUCCCUGACAGAAGUGUGGGGGUCUCAGGUGCCUAACUAUUGUAGGUGCGUUUCUAACCUGUGUAUAUUUCUAUGGAUGAUUAUAUUCAGUACAAGUACAAAACGCCUGUCAACAUGAAGGAAAAAACACUCAAAAUGUCAAAAGAAAUGGAGUAUACAGAUUUGUUACACAUGAAGUAUUCUUUUCCAAAAUGCCAAUAUCCACGUGGUGUGAUUGUUUUUCUUUACCAGGGACACUGAAUUGAAAAGUAAAAAAAAAAAAAAUUCUAUAUUUCAGAUGGUGUAUAUCUCAUUUUGGAAUCAAAGUAUUGACAUGUUUAUGUGGGUACUGGUUUAAUUAUGUUGUUGGGAGAACUACAUAAGAUGUUACAACAAUGCAUCUGUAGACUUCUCUUCUAAAUUCUGCUCCUAAUUAGGGAUGCACCAAUGUGAAACUGUGCCAUUAGCUGUCAUUUAAACUCGGUAUAAUCUUUUUCCUAUGUGAAAAGCUAGCCAUGUUUUUAAUUCGAGGGUAACUAAACUUUACCUAUCAAGUGUAUCUGAUUCCAGUUGUAUGAGAACAUUUCCACAUUGCUAUGCUCUUGCUACAGUACCAGAAAUAAACAUACACUGAUACAUUUCUGCUUUUAUCAGAUAGUACAGGGGUUUGAUGAGAAAAAUAAAAUAAAUGUGGUCCAAUUUUUUUUACAAUGUCCCCAAACUGUUCAACUCAUUUUUUAAGUAUUUCAUCAGAUGCUUACCAUAAGUGACUGAUAAGUGAAGUAUUUCAGUAUUGGUUUUUGCAGUGUGAACGGGGAACUGGUUCAUCCCUACUCCUUAUCAACAACACUACCUCAUUUAUUUUCAGGAUGGUUUCCAGUGUGGUUUUAUUAGUUUUAUGUAACCAGCACCUUUUGAAAUAUUUUCUUAACUUUGAUUUUAUAGCAUUUGGUACUUGCAGAAAUAAUAAUUUGUACGUUUUUGUGUUGUAUCAAAGGUAUGUAUCUCGCUUUAGCGCAUUGCGGCUUCCUCUCAGAUCUCUGAAAGAUUGUUCAGUAUUAUGUUACUGUUAAAUCCCUACAGAAAACAUAAACACCCAGUGUCUUUGAUACGAAGCACCUGAAACUAAGUCCAGUAGAUAUCAUACAGUUGCAGUUUUGGACCUGAUGUUUCAGUCCAACCGUGCCAACUGUGGGCAAGGAAAGUCAUAUGACACUUGUCUCACCUGCAAGCAAUGAGUGUUACUGCUACUUUUCUUUUUUUUACAGGCUCUGUUUGAGUGUGUUAAUAUUGUAUGUUUUAUGGAACAAAAAAAGAAAAAGUACACACAAAAAACAGCAACAAUGUAAAACAAUACUUUAAAUGCCUGGUCACACCAGCAUGCAGAGCAGUGAUAUUGUAAAAAUGGCGGAUUGUUGCUUAUUAGCUUUUUUCGCUACUCACUUUUAUUUAAACUCCCAUUUCCGAGUAAAAACUGUUCCACGAAAGAGCACUGGUUUGCAGUAGACAGGUGUUGAAGAUACAAAUACGUCAUUUAAAUAAAAUGUGUGAAAUAGUUUGCCUGUUAGCUUGGUAGCUUUGCUCAGUCGCUAGUUGACUGUUAGCAAGCCUGUUAGCUCAGACAGCUUUAGAACGAGAUGCUCUGCAAUGGUGAAGAAAAUGCCAGUAGAGGAAGUUAACAGUAGAGUUAAAAUAUAGAGAAAAAAUAUGUGAGAUAUUGAGACGGAUGAGCACAUGCCUGGCCAGGCCAGCUAAUGUAAAUGUUAAUGUUAAGCUUGCCAGCUACAGCUAUAACUAUCCCUGCGAGUAGUCACAAUGUCACCAAGCUUCCAGCCCAAACUAUUUUGCUUGGACAAGGUCAAUGUAAUUUUGUGGUGUGACUGCCAUGUAACACUCAUUGCCUGUAGGUGGCAAAAUUGUUAAAAUUACAGCAGUUCUUUUUUGCCUCUAGGAAGUGAUGAUUGCCUUGUGUUUCCUCAUGAGAAAGAAGGAGUUAGGUACAAGC